AUGCUGCCCAAGGGAACCAGGCUGCAUGAGGCGGCCAAGGCAGAAUUGAAUGUCAGCCUGCGUAUACCACUUCACACCCCGCACUUGCUACUCUCUCCUAUUCUUGCAUCUCCGAGCGAUCUUCGUGAGCCAAAGAUGGAUACUGAAUUUCUCCAGAUUGUGGAAAGCUUCAAGGCGAACGCAGAGCUGACACCAAAAGAGCGUGACAACUUCCAAUUCAGCAGCCUCAACGAUGUACUCUCAACUCUACGCUCGAUUCAGGAAAAGCAGUCAAAGACGAAGAGGCUAGUUUUCAUGAGGAGAAUUGAUCCUUUUUUGAAAACUAUGGUUGAGUAUGGAAAAGUCAUAGAGGUCUUUGUCAAUACAUCAGAGAUCCUUGCAUUUGUUUGGGGGCCAAUAAAGUAUCUUCUUCAGAUUGCCUCCAAUUAUAUCGAGGCAUUUGAUUCUCUCCUCGAUACUUACCAGCAGGUCGGGGAGCAGAUUCCUCUUCUCGAGUCGUACAAAGAUCUCUUCUCAAACUACCCGCACAUGCGAUCACUUCUGGUUUUGAUUUAUCAGGAUAUCAUGUCCUUCCAUUUGACGGCAUUUCGGUUUUUUCGUCAAAAGUUAUGGAAGCAGUUGUUCAGGUCAAACUGGAAGGGAUUUUCCUCAGAAAUAUCGUUGUUGAAGGAAAAUUUGCGACGUCAUAAACAACUCAUAGAGGGAAGAGCCUCCCUGAUAGAGUUCGAAACCUUGCAAAACCUUCGUGUUUCUGCUGAAGCACACUUUCGAGAGUUGAAGGAGACGGAGAACAGGCGACGAAAGACUGCCGUACAACAGUGGUUAUGCCCUUCGAAUAUUCAAGCAAUUCAAGAGAGGCAUGUAAAGGCGAGGUCAUCAAAUUCUCAGUCAUGUCGUUGGAUACUGGGAGACAGUCGUUUCCAGCGAUGGUUCCAUCCCCUUUACUGUUCCACUCCGCUUCUCUGGAUCAACGGAAAGCCAGGUGCAGGAAAAUCAGUUUUGACAUCCGUUAUCGUUGAGGAAGCAAUGAAACUCAAUUCCAUCUCAGUAGGCUUCUUCUACUGCGCAGAUGGAAAUCCGGAAAGAGAUGACUUCCUGCCCAUCGCCAGAAGUAUCUUGGCUCAGUUGCUAGCCCAAGAUGAAUCCCUACUUCUCCAUUUUGAGCAUAAGAUGUCCACUUCAAGUGGCCAUGCCAUUCUGUCAAGUUUAACGCUUGCACAAGAGCUCUUACAGAUGGCAUUGGGAAUCCGAAAGACGUAUAUUAUUCUUGAUGGAAUAGACGAGUGUGGAAGGGACCAACGGAAGGAGAUCUGUCGCUGGUUCAAAUCGAUCGUUGACUCUCUUCCUACUUCUAAACAGGAUGAAAUUCGAUGUCUCUUCGUUAGCCAGGACGACGGCAUCGCGAGGAAGGAUUUAUCCAUGUUGCCCACUAUCACCAUAACAGCCGACCACAACAAAGUCGACAUUAUGGAGUUUUGUCGCCACUGGCAAGACAGAAUUGAAGAUAGGUUCGGAUCAUUGAAGGAGCAUGGCCUAAACCUUACCGAGAUUGUGACUGCGAAGUCACAGGGCAUUUUUAUCUUCGCCAAAUGCGUCCUCGAGGAGCUCUCCAAGCAGCCGUGCAGGGACGAUCUUUUACGAGAAUGGCGAACCGAGUCUUUCCCUUCCGACCUCAAUGAAGUCUACGAUCGAAUACUUCGGCGGUUGAUGGGUGAAAAGCAAACACGCAACAUCACAAAGAAGCUUCUAUCUUGGAUCUCUUUGUCUAAGCGACCUCUCCGAUGGUUUGAGAUCCAGGCAGGUAUCUCGAUAGACCUGGACACGGAGACAAUUAACAAAGGAAAUCGACGACUACUUGAUACUUCCAAAGAUCUCUGCGCGUCAUUUGUUGAGGUGCACACUGAUGAAACUGUCGAGCUUGUCCACAGCACAGUGAGAGAGUUUUUAAUACUUGGAGGGAUAAUACAAGCGUCGGAUGUCGAGCUAGAGUUAUGUCUUCUAAGUCUAGCGUAUCUGAACUUUCCGGACUUUUGCAUAAGGGAUACCCCGCAAUCGACCAGAGAAGCCCUCCUUUCCGGACGUUACUCAUUCUACGAGUAUGCAGUGGCAUGCUGGGUUCCUCACCUGAUGUCGUGGUUAUCAACCGGGAAUCUUGACAACAGCAGCAUUCCUGAGCUGCAAGAAACAAUUGAACAGUUUCUGGAUCAACAUUUCUCUGAGAGCUGCCCAAAAAGUACCAUAUCCAAGACUAUGCACGACAAACUUCGUCUCCUCCAUGGUUUUGAUAACUACGAUUCGUUGGCACAAACAGUGGUAUGGUCAAGAAAGCAGCUUUUGAUUGACAAAUGCGACAGCGAAGAAGCCAACUUACUCGACUUUCCCGACAUAACGAGUCACAUAAGAUCCAUUUUAGAAAACAUGAGUAUGGAGGCCCUUACACCUGAAUUGAAAACCGCUCUGGAACUCUAUUACGGCAAAAGGUGGUUCAAGUGUCCAAAAAUCUAUUGCCGUCACUUUUAUGACGGCUUCGAAUCUCGACAGAACAGAGAUCAGCACGUCAGUCGCCACGAACGAGCCUAUACAUGCACUUUCGACAACUGCCCCACGGCUACCUUCGGCUGCCUGUCCAAAAAGGAUUUGGACAAACAUAUGCUUGAGAUUCAUGGCAUUAGCAGUGGUGAGAAUGACUUUCCUGAUGUACCGGAUCCGAAUCCUACGUCAAUGAGCAAGCAAAAACACCGAGCAAGAUUUCAAUGCACCCUUUGUUCAAAACGGUUCACGCGAGCAUACAACUUGAGAUCGCACUUGAGAACACACACAAAUGAACGGCCGUAUGUUUGCACAAUAUGUGGUAAAGCCUUUCCGAGGCAGCAUGACAGAAAAACACACGAGAGCCUCCACUCGGGGGAGAAGCGAUUCGUCUGCAGAGGCGAUCUUGAAGCUGGCGGAACGUGGGGCUGUACGCGGAGGUUUAGUAGAGCUUCGGCGUUAGGGAGACAUUUCAGGACAAAGGCUGGUCGCAGAUGCAUAAAACCUCUCCUCGACGAGGAGUUGGCAAAGCGUUCUCUAACCGGCUCAACGUCACAACUUUACUCAAGACCUUCGGGGUCUUGGAAUACUGAUGCAAUGGAUAUUGAUGUCAGGGACCCAGCUGCAGAGCAGUCUUCCCAACAGACCGACACCGACCUACCGCAGGGCUCGUGGCAAUUUCCAGCAGCCUUAUUGGCUCAAUAUCCCGCUCUAGCAGAGAUAAAUUGGGACAUCGCGCCAGGAGGCCACAAUGAAGGCGAAGAUGAAAGUGUGUUUCCAGCAGCCUUAUUGGCUCAAUAUCCCGCUCUAGCAGAGAUAAAUUGGGGCAUCGCGCCAGGAGGCCACAACGAAGGCGAAGAUGAAAGCGUGUAUGAAGUAUGA